AACACCUUUGCUGCUAACCUAAGCCACAAGUGCGCACAAUAAUAACAAUUAAAAAUCCGUACCCUGCGCCGAUCGCCAUGCCCUUAAACCUUUUCAAAUUCACCUCAUCAUCUUCUUCUUCUUCUUCGUCUAUCACAAUUCACCAACACAUAUGGCUACGCCGUGCAAUCACCACCGGAAAACCUAAACCGCCGCCGGCAAUGUCCUCCGGCUGGUCUUACAUUUCACAACCUCCUCAUUUCAUUCAUAAUAAUAAUAAAUAUAAUAAUAAUUAUCAUUACAACAAAUUAGCGUUUCGUGGCUUAAAUAGUUUCAGAUUCUGUUCUGGAAAUAUGGAAUCACGUGUGGUUAAUGAUAACAAAAACGAAAAACGGAUAUCGGAAAAUAACCGCCCGCCGGCGAGACAAAAUUCUUCGGCGAAAUUGUUGACCUUGCCGACGGUUUUAACGAUUGCUCGUGUUGCCGCUGUUCCUAUCUUAAUCAGCACUUAUUAUAUGGAUAGCCGGUUAGGAACGACGGCUACUACCGGAAUUUUUAUAGCUGCGGCGAUAACGGAUUGGCUUGACGGUUAUUUAGCAAGAAGAAUGAACUUAGGAACUGCAUUUGGUGCGUUUUUGGACCCGGUGGCUGAUAAGCUUAUGGUUGCUGCUACAUUGGUCUUGUUAUGUACAAGACCUCCGGAAGCUGCUCUAUUUGCGCAAUUCCCGUGGUUAUUGACUGUACCGGCAAUAGCAAUAAUUGGUAGAGAGAUAACAAUGUCUGCGGUUAGAGAAUGGGCUGCUUCUCAAGGAAGUAAACUUUCAGAGGCCGUUGCUGUAAAUAAUUUGGGGAAGUGGAAAACUGCCACGCAAAUGACUUCAUUAACCAUCCUUCUUUUGAUUAGAGACAGCAGUUUUACAGAAGUAGGGAUUCUUGGUGCAACGGGUGUUUCUUUUCUUUACGUGUCAGCUGGCCUAGCCUUAUGGUCACUGGUUGUGUAUAUGAAGAAGAUAUGGAAAGUUAUGCUGAUGUAGCAACUUCAAGAAUUUAACACAUCGUUAUUGAAGGACUUACUGCUGACUAUGUUAUUCUUGAAACCCCUGGCAGCCAAAACCUGCCUUUUCGCCCUGGUUGUGCCUACUGCCAACAGUUAUAUCUCAUCCUUCUUUCUUGGUUUGUGUGGAUGCUCAUUAUAGGUUGGCUGUUCUCAUCUUAAGGUGUUCAACCAAGGUAAGCAACAUGAUACAUACGAGAUGGUUAUAGUGGUUCAUAGCAUAUGUUAUCGGUGCGUGGAUUAGGAAAUUAACCCUUUUUAAUUGUUUGUAAUUUUAUAUUGAUGUGAGGUAUAUUUAUGCUGGUGUACUAAUAAACAAGCAUUGUAAAUUAGUUACUGAUGGCCACAUUGCGUUAUAUGAUUUUUUUGUUUUUCCCC